AUGAGUGAUUACGUUCGUAAGUCGUUACAAAAUCUGGAUUUGGGAAUCAAUGACGAACCGGUGCCUCUACCAUCGGUUCUGUGUGGAAACGCUGCAAACGCGAAUCGAUUCUCUUUGAUCGUUUCGGUGGUUAACCCAAAGAAGCAAAACCUGCGUGCUAUUGUGAAUCAAAUGCCGAAGAUUUGGGGUUUCAUGAAUGAGUGUAGAGGUCGGAUUCUGGGAAAUGGCAAGGUUCUGUUCAUCUUCAAAACAGAGGAAUCAAUGAACCUGGUGCUUCGCCGUGGGCCUUGGGCAUUCAAUGAAUGGAUGUUAUCUGUUCAUCGCUGGUACCCGAACAUUGGUGAGGAGGAGAUGAAGAUUAUUCCUUUUUGGAUCCAAAUCAAGGGUAUUCCAAUCGUGUAUCUCACUAUUGCGAUGGUUAAGUACAUUGGAGACAAUUUGGGUCCUGUAGUUAGUGUUGAUUUUGACGAGAAUGUCAAUUGGGUGGAGUUUGUUCGGGUUUGUGUCAAUUGGAGUAUCGACACGCCCCUUCGUUUCCAAAGGAACUUUCAAUUUACUGCUGAUGAGAAUACGGUUUUAAAAUUUCGGUUUGAGCGACUCAGAAACUUUUGUUCUCGCUGUGGUUCAUUGAAACAUGAUGCAAAAGAAUGUGAAUUGGUUUUUGAAGAUCAGCCUCUCGACGAUGACGACAAUGGAGAACCAGAAGACAAUCCGAAUGCAGGCAAUGAUGAUGCAGUCGAAGAUGAGUUCAACCCUGGAGAUGAGCCUGCUGGUCCAGAUUUCGCCAUGGAAGGCCCUGCUGAUAAUCAUGAUGUGCAUGUGUAUAACCCCAUGGAACCUGCUAAUCUCCCGGAGGGUGCUGAUUAUGACACAGUUUCACUGGAAACUGUUGACCCUGUUGACCUUAUUCCUGGACUGAGAUUGGUUCACAAUUCCAGAAGGCACCAAGAGUUCAUUAUUACAGAAUCUGAUGACUCUUCCAUUCCAAGUGCAUUUGAGGACACAGAGUUAACUGCAGAGAGAUUGCGCUUUCUGCAUACUAAGUUUGCAAAGGAACAACACCUUGAAGACCACACUUGGACUGAUUCGACUACAAAGGUUUGCUUCUCUCCAGCUUCAGCUUCAACCUGCAAGAAGAGGAAGAGUAUGGAAUUCUUAUACCAGCGUCGUGAAGAAGAAGAGGAUAUGGCGGGCCUAUGUUCGCCGCUGACUCAAUCUCGUCUGAAACGUUUAUGUCGUAUUUUAAAACCUCAUCUUUUAUUUCUGUGUGAAACUCUAAAUACUUCUUCUGUUGUGUGUGAUUUUGCUUCAGUUUUAGGAUUUGAUAAUGUUAUUACUGAACCCCCUCAUGGAAGGAGUGGUGGUUUAGCUAUGAUGUGGAUGAAUUCUAUCUCUUUAUCCAGAUUGUAUCAGGAUGAAAUAAUCAUUGAUGUUCACAUUGAUUUUAAUAAUAUAAGUUUCUAUUUGUCUGGUGUGUAUGGUCAUCCUGUUCCAAGUCAGAGACAUGUUUUGUGGGAUAAACUUCAUCAUAUUAAUCGAACAAGACAUGGUCCUUGGAUGAUUAUGGGAGACUUUAAUGAAAUCUUAAGUAAUAAUGAAAAAAUUGGAGGGCCCUUGAGAGAAGAGUGGACAUUUAGACAAUUCAGAAAUUUAUUCUCCUCUUGUGAUCUAUCUGAUCUUCGUUCUAAAGGAGAUAGAUUUUCUUGGGUUGGGGAGAGAAGGAACUAUACAGUGAAAUGUUGUUUAGACAGAGUUGUCACCAAUUCUGAAUGGUUAGCUUGCUUUCCUACUGCAGAAGCUGAAUUUUUGGAGUUUAACGGCUCAGAUCACAAACCUGUCCUCACGAAUUUUACUCCUCGGACUUAUGGCCAUCAUAAACUUUUUCGGUUUGAUAAACGAUUAACACAUAUUGACAAUUUUAAUCAGAUUGUGGAACAAGGAUGGAAUUCCUGCAAAAAUCUAAACUACUAUUCUAUAUGUGAUCAAAUUGAAAACUGUCGUAAAGCCAUGUCAAGAGAAAAACAUCAUUCGAAUUUGAAUGCAGCUAAACGUAUUGAUCACUUUCAAGCUGCUUUGAAUACAGCCAUGGAGAGUGUGAACUGGCGUCAUCGACGUGAGAUUCCAUAUUUACAGGGCGAACUAACCAAAGCUUUUAGAGAUGAAGAGUAUUAUUGGCAAAAUAAAAGCCGGAACAAUUGGAUGACUCUGGGUGACCGAAACACUUCUUACUUCCAUGCAUGUACAAAAAAACGAUAUGCAAGAAACUACAUUACAACAAUAAAAGAUUCGGCCAAUGUAGUACAUGUUGGUGAUCAAGAGAUUGGUAACCAUGCCCAGGACUAUUUUACAGAGGUUUACAAGUCAAGUCAUCAUCCUGUUUCUCCGAUAGAUUUCGGUGACUUUAUCCCGAAGGUUACGUCUGAAAUUAAUGCCGAUUUAACAAGAGAUUUUACAAACGAGGAGAUCUUUGAGGCCAUUUCAGCCAUUGGAGAUGACAGAGCUCCUGGACCAGAUGGACUAACAGCAAGGUUUUAUAAACAUUAUUGGCAUAUCAUAGGAUCAGAUGUCACCCAAGAGAUUCAAGAUUUUUUUGCAACUUCCUAUAUGAAGUCAGGUAUAAAUCAUACUAACAUUUGCAUGAUACCAAAAAUUAAUAAUCCUUCAACCCUAUCUGAAUAUAGACCUAUAGCUCUGUGUAAUGUUUUAUACAAAAUAAUCUCAAAAUGUUUGGUUAAUCGUCUCAAAAAUCAUUUAAAUUCCAUUGUCUCGGACACACAAGCUGCCUUUAUUCCUGGACGCUUAGUAACUGAUAAUGUCAUGAUCGCUCAUGAAGUUAUGCAUGCCCUAAAGUCAAGAAAGAGAGUUUCCCAAAAUUACAUGGCCAUAAAAACUGAUGUUACAAAAGCUUAUGAUAGGGUUGAGUGGACUUUUCUAGAGGUUACUAUGCAAUUGUUUGGUUUCUCAAAAAAAUGGAUUGAUUGGAUCAUGGCUUCAGUUCGUUCUGUAAGCUAUUCUAUUCUUAUUAAUGGUUCACCCCAUGGUCUGGUUAUUCCUGAAAGAGGAAUUCGACAAGGAGAUCCUUUAUCGCCCUAUUUAUUUAUACUUUGCGCGGAUAUUAUGAGUCAUCUUAUUAAAACUCGUGUUCUUUCUGGUGAUAUUCGUGGUGUCCGGAUUGGUAAUGGAGCCCCAGCCAUCACUCAUCUACAAUUUGCAGAUGAUUCUUUGUUUUUCUGCCAAGCUAAUGCUCGAAAUUGUAAAGCUAUUAAAGAAGCUUUUGAAGUUUAUGAAUAUUACUCAGGCCAAAAAAUUAAUACAUCCAAAUCAUUAAUAACCUUUGGUGCUAAAGUACAUGGACAACUUCAAAAUAGACUAAAAAAUAUCUUAGAAAUACCAAAUCAUGGUGGAGGUGGUAAAUAUCUCGGAUUACCAGAACAAUUUGGCCGCAAAAAGAAAGAUAUGUUCAACUAUAUUUUAGAAAAGGUGAAACAACGAACUGCAUCAUGGAGUGCAUCCAGACUUUCUCCAGCUGGGAAAGAAAUAAUGUUAAAGUCUGUUGCCCUCGCAAUGCCAGUUUAUACAAUGUCCUGUUUCAAAAUUCCGGCGAGUAUCAUAAAGGAUAUAGAUUCUGAACUUCAACGAUUCUGGUGGGAGAAAGGAAAUUCUGAGAGGGGAAUACCUUGGAUAGCUUGGAAGCGUCUUCAAUUUUCAAAAAAAGAAGGUGGUUUGGGUUUUAAGGAUCUAUCAAAGUUCAAUGAUGCUCUUUUGGCUAAGCUUGCUUGGAGAAUUUAUAAACAUCCAGAUACUCUUUUUGCUCGCUUAAUGAAAGCAAGAUACUUUCGUGAUGAUUCUAUUUUGGAAGGCAAAAAACGUGUAAAUCAAUCUUAUGGUUGGGCAUCUAUUUUAGAAGGGAUUAAAAUCGUUAAGAUGGGUACUAGAUUUAUUAUAGGGGAUGGGGUCUCAGCUAGAGUACAUAAUGACAAUGUUACCAUUACCCAUUCGCCUAAACCAGUACGCACAUUGACAAAUGAUCCUAUUCUUUAUAAGGAUCUUAUUUCUUCUAUUGGUAACCAUAGAUUUUGGGAUAAUGAUAAAAUUUCUAACUAUGUACAUCCCUUGGAUCACCAUCAUAUUUUUCAAAUGCAUUUACCCCGGUCUAGUACUCCUGAUAGAUUAAUUUGGCAUUACAAUAAAUCUGGUGAAUAUUCUGUUCGUUCGGGUUAUUGGCUAAUUAUGCAUGAACCCCAUACAAUGAUUGCGAAUCAUUCGGUUCCCUCUGGUUCUUUAGUGUUAAAAAAUCAAAUUUGGAAAUUGAAAGUUAUUCCAAAAAUUAAACACUUUCUGUGGCGAAUUCUUACAAAAGCUUUACCUACCAUUACUCGUCUUAAUUCUCGUGGAAUGAAUUUGGAUCCUAUUUGUCCGAGAUGUUUCCGAGCUGAUGAGACUAUUGAACAUAUUUUUUUCCAAUGCCCUACUGCCAUUACAAUUUGGGAAUGUUCGCAUAUUCCUAGUCAUGUUCAGUUUUGCUCAUCUUCAACCUUUGAAUUUGUUCUUGAACAAAUAUUUUCUAUGCAAUCUGAUAACAAUAUCCCUCAAGCGACCAAAUUACUUCCAUUUUGGGUUCGUUGGCAUAUUUGGAAAACCAGGAAUAAUUUUAUCUUUAACGGCAUUCAAGAUAUACCGAUAAACUCUGUCUUACGUGCACAAGGGGACGUCCGUGAAUGGUUAACUUACAGUCAUAAUACUUCUCACAAUCAUCAAGUCACUCAACCUAUUCAACAAAGUUCAUGGACUCGUCCUCCGACUAACAUGAUUAAGUGUAAUUAUGAUGCGGCUUUUGAUUAUAAUACACACCAAGUUAAAGGUGGUUGGAUUCUUCGCGACGAAAAUGGAGGCUCGAACGGAUGGGGAAGUUCUGUUCUCGGCUAUGCGAUUUCCCCUUUGGAAGCAGAAGCGAAAGCUCUUUUGGCGGCAAUGCAACAAAGUUGGAUUAGAGGCAUCACGAAGAUUUGUUUUGAAGGCGAUAGUGAAGUUUUGAAUAAGAUUCUAAAUCAUCAAUUCUAUGAUAUUGCUAUUGAUCGGGUGCAACAUGAUAUCUCAAUGUGGGCUUCUUUAUUUCAUACUAUUCAAUUUGUAUUUACUCGUAGAUCUUGUAAUAAUGCUGCUCACUUGUUGGCAAAGUAUGGUUGUUCUUCUGUUAGUUUUUACUCUGAUUCGUUUCAUUCGCCUCAAUGGCUAACUGACCAGUUGUAUUAUGAUUUCAUUCAUUCAUUAAUAUAA